AUGAGUGAAGAAGAGGAAGGUCCCAAAAAUCCAGAAGAGCGGAUCGAAGAUAUUUUGGCAUUCUUUGGGAAAGACAGAAAAGGUGGCGGAGAUAAACCGUUGAAGCUUGGUGGGAUGAAAGCAAAUAAAACCACUGAAUCGAAUCAACAACAGGAAGAUCUGCUAGAAGAAUCUUUGCAGGAAUUGAAGAAAGCCUUGGAAGAAGAGAGGAGCACAUCAAGUCCGCCGGUCAACAAGGUCUUGGUCACCGUUAUCCGCGGAAAUAACUUUCAUAACAUGGGCCAUUCGAUCAAUGGGCAACAUUGGUUGUAUUUAGAGGAAGCCUUGUUCUUACUAGAACGUGGGGCGCUGACUGCCGAAUUCCAAGGGGUGCCCGUGUCAAUUCAACAGGCUUAUAUGUUGAUGAUGCGCGAUAGUGAAUUGACGCUUGAGAAAUAUCAGGUAUACGCGUAUCUGAAGAGAAUAGGAUACACGGUCAUGAGACCAUCAUUAACCGCAAUCUCACAAGACCCAUCAUCGUCUUCGCAAGAUCAAGUAUUCGAUAAGCUCAGAAUAAUCCAAAGAUUCGAUGACACCGACCCGGAUUUGACUCCCACCACUCAUGGUCUGGACGACGAAGAUGGUUAUAAGGUGGACUUCUACGUGUACAAGAAAUCGCCAGAUCAAAAAUUCAAAAAGAAAUCUCCGGGCGAACCCUUAUUUCGGGUGGUGGUUGCUAGCGCCAACGUACAACGUCCACCAUCCCUGCAGUCACUAGACAGGCUGUUAAAGGAGGGUGGCGGUAAUGAUGGUGGCAGCUGUAGCAGUAUAUUAUUUUCAAUCAUUGAUGGCGCGAACGUGACAUUCCUAGAAUUCAAAGAUGUAAUGUUUACCAAGAUAAAAGUUGAUGUUAUGGAGAAAAAUUGA